CACGACAAGUGAAAUAGAAAUCCUCCCGUUGCAGACGUGGAUUAGGAAAACCGAACCACGUUAAAUUCUUGUGUGUCGCUUGUGUUCCGUUUCUCUCGUUUCUCGCAGAUUAUUUGUGUGUGUUGUGUGUUUAGUGGAAGGUUGUAAAGGAAAAUCUUGUUAUGGCCCGCGGAAGGAAGAGUGGUUCGUUGUAUAUGGUCGAGUUACCAUCUAAGGGAGUGACCGUCCCAAUUCAGAAGAGAAACAAAGUCCGGUUCACAGAGUCUCGUGGGCAGAAUAAGGUUGUCUAUGCAAGAGAGAAACCUAGAGCCAUAGGUCAGACUCAAGAUGAACGAGCAAGGAAAGGUUCAAGAAGGCCAGUCAGAGGUAUUUGUGGCAGUGGGAGCUCAAGAGGCGCUUCAGCCAAGUUUUCUAGAAGACAGUGGGUCAUGAGAACCAGUAUUCCAGCUGUUGGAACAUCUUCAGAAAAUUUCUUGUUCAGUAUGGAGAGUGUUUGUUCUCAGGAUGUUCCAGGAUCCGGCAAUGUGCAUCUGCAGUGGGAGCCGGUAGGGACCGAGGACGAGUCAGGGGCAGAUUUAUCCGUGACUGAUGGGUUGGAGCUUGGGAGAGCUUCAACGGGCCUUUCAGUUGUCUGAUGAUAGGGCCGCUGCAACAGGAGAGCUGAGGAAGAUUACUCGAUGUACAAGCAAUCGUGGUGGAUGGCACUUGAUGACUAUCAAACCUCCAAGUGGGAGAAUGUUGGGUUUGUGGAGGCUUGGGCUUGACUUGUCCGUUGGCCCAGCCCAUGUUUUGUAACCCUAGGUUUUUCCUCCUAU